AACGCAGAGUUCAAUGCGUUUGGAUCUGAUACCGAUACGGAUAGGGGAGUAGAUGGCUUCGGAUACGAUGCAACGAGUGAAGUUAUUGACGAUUUACGAACCUUCGACGAUGCUGGUAGUAGGGCGAAGGCGGAGGUAAACAAUGAUUUCAGUGCUGUCGCUGAGCAUAGCACGGAAGUACGGAAGCAGACAAUCGAGGUGAAUAGUGAGGAGACGCCUGCAAGCAAUGGAGAAGUAGUUGAUCAAGACUCGGCUGGCGGUAUCUCGGAGUCCGAGGUGCCGGACAAGGCUAUUGGUAAAGAGAGCGACGAUGGAUUCGGUGCGUUUGGGUCCAAUACUGAGGAGAUUAAAGGCCCUGAAGCGAAUGGGGAGACACCCGACGAUUUCGGGGCGUUCGAUGGUUUUGAUGGCGGUGCAAAUGGAGGGGUACGCGACGGGUUUGGCGACUUUGCUGAGCAACAGGUGAAUUCAGCCGACGCGGAGGUGUCAUCCCAAGGCACCAAAGCAGCGGCUAUCCCGUCCCAAACUGAGAGGACCGUGGAGUCCAAAAUUCAGGACAAGCCGGCUGUCGAAGACGAUGAAGAUGAUUUCAACGCAUUUGGAUCGGACAAUGACAAACCUGAAGAAGGCGGUGGUCUCUGGGAUGAUGAAAAGGAGGAUACAAAUGAUAAUUUUAACGCAUUUGGAUUUGACCACGAAAAAACCAAGGAAGACGAUGGUUUUGAGGUUGCUGCAAAUGAGGAUACAAAUGCUGAUUUCGACGCAUUUGGCUCUGACAUUGAUAAACCUGAAGAAGGUGGUGGUCUCUGGGAUGAUGAAAAUGAAGAUACAAAUGAUAAGUUUAACGCAUUUGGAUCUGACCACGAAAAAAGCAAAGCAGACGAUGAUUUCGGCGAUGACGGGGACUUUGACGAUGAUGGUAAUGGUAAUAAUGCGGACGCUAAUGAUGAUUUUGGCGAUUUCGACGAUUUCGGAGAUUUUGGUGACGACACUACGGCUGAGGCGGCUGAUGAUGAUGAUUGGGGUUUUGGAGGAGACGAUGUAGGUAAGGGACAAUUUUUUGAUUAUUUUUUGGGGUUUUUAUUUUAG